AUGGCCGCCUCCGUCGAUACCAUCCUACCUCGUCAUCUCCCACCGCUACUAUCUCCAUCCUCGACUCCUCCACCGUCAACAUGCGCCGACGAGCAUACCACCAAACUCCCCACGAUUCCCUCAGACGAGGAUCACUCCUCCGAGGAAGGCUCUAGCGGUAGCGUCCGUCGCAUACACUCCAGCUCAUCCUCCAUCUCUGAACCGGCGGUCGAAGAUGACCAGGACGAGCAGCAGCAAAACGACCAACCGCAACAGCAGACCGACGAUGCGCAAAAGGAUGCGGACCUCGAAACGGCGGUGCCCUCUGGAAGGGCCAGUCGUAGCAGCACGAUAAGCAACACAACAAACCCAAAUGUUCGUCGCCUCUCAGCGACCGAGAUGCAGCGCCUCACAAACUCUCCCGAGUCUCUCCCCGUCGCCCCCGCUCCUCAACGGAGGUCAAUAGAUCAAGACUCUAUCUCUCAUCUCCUCGACCAGCGCGACGCUAUAAGACAGUCAACGAUGCGUGUCGACUGCCAACAACCCCUCGAGGCGUUUCCCUCGCUGCAGCCGAACAGCGUCGCCGUAGAGGCUCGCUCGGCGGGAAGUGUUGGCCUUGGACUAUGGGAUCUUCAAAUCCCACGACGACCGUCUCCUGGAGCGCGCACUCUGUCCACACCUCCUACAAGUCGUGUGCAUACAAGUGAUUCCGGAAGAUCCUCGCCGCGAAGAUAUUCUUCCUUUAAUUCCGCUGGUCGACCCACGUCUCUCAAUCUCAAUAUCGAUGGUGCGGGUGCGGGUGCAGGUGCAACGUCUCCUAUUAAUGCUACUCGACCGACGCCUGCAACGGCCAUUCCCGUCCAAAACGAUGGCCUGCGACCACCUUCGCCGAUUCCGCCUAUUAUUCCGCUACCUCCUAUGUCACUGCCUACACACCUACAGCUUGAACUAGCAGCCCAGCGGCCUAGUCCGUUGUAUAUUCACCAAUCCCACGCAUACGACAUCCCCUACGAGUCCAAUGCCGCCAAAUUUGAGCGUCUGAAGAACGUGCUUCUUCUCCCACCGUUCCUUGAGCGCACACUUAACUUUGGCGCAUUGGCAUGUCUCGACGCUUGGCUGUACAAUUUCACUAUUCUUCCUGUGCGUUUCGUCCUAGCUCUCGGCGUGCUGGUUCGUUGGUGGGGCUAUCUGGUUCUUAAGGAGAUCCGAUGGCUCGUCGAUUAUGUCUGGUACGGCCUAGGGAGACUUUGGAGGCGAGGACGCAUUCCAAAGCCUGCCGCUACGGAGGAGAUCCCUGACGAAACACGGUCGCGCAGCGAGAGUCGUCCACGAGGUCGUUCGAGCGAUGAGAAGAAGCACGAUUUUAAACCACAUGCAAAUGCCCACUUCAAGCCCUUGCCGUCUCGAUCCCAACCCAGAUCUGGAACGUUUCGUCACAGGAGGACCAAGUCCAUGCCUUCAAACUUGUCAGCCUUCCACAAAGCUGAUCUGCUUCAAGGCGCAGUUAUCAUCUGCAGUUCUCUGGCCCUUAUGACCCUCGACGCAAGCCGAAUGUACCACUUCAUUCGAGCCCAGUCCGCUAUAAAGCUCUACGUUAUUUACAACAUCCUCGAAGUCGGCGACCGUCUGCUCUCCGCCCUCGGCCAGGAUAUCCUCGAAUGUCUUUUCAGCACGGAAACGCUCUCCCGUAACGCCUCUGGUCGAUCAAAAGUGUUGCUGCCCCUGGGCAUGUUUAUGCUGGCGUUGGCAUAUUGCUGCCUCCAUUCAAUAGCACUGUAUUACCAAGUCAUUACUCUCAACGUUGCAGUCAACUCGUACUCCAACGCCCUCUUGACUCUCCUCCUUUCCAACCAAUUCGUCGAGAUCAAGAGCACUGUCUUUAAACGCUUCGAAAAGGACAACCUCUUCCAGCUGACCUGUGCUGAUAUCGUUGAGCGGUUUCAACUCUGGAUCAUGCUUUUUAUUAUUGGUAUGCGAAAUGUCGUCGAGGUCGGUGGACUGAGUGUACCUGGCGCUGGCUCCGAGACAUCAUUUGACGACUCCUCUGUGCCGCUGCACAACCCAUCUAUUCUUCCUCACAGCUUCACGGUCCUUCCGUCUUGGCUCAUGUCAGGCGAAGUUCUGUCUCCAUUCCUCAUCGUCAUUGGAAGCGAAAUGCUUGUCGACUCUAUCAAACAUGCCUACGUUACAAAGUUCAACAACAUCAAGCCAGCGUUCUACAGCCGUAUUCUCGACAUCCUUUGCAAAGACUACUACACCAACGCAUUUAUGACACCUUCUCUCACCAAACGGCUCGGCCUGGCAGUCAUACCACUCUCGUGCCUCUUCAUCCGGGCAUCCAUCCAAACCUACCACAUGCUUCUUUCUACUCACCUCCCGAUGCCCAUGCCCAUCCCCGAAUCAACACAGACAUCCCUCAGUUCCGAAUCCGCGACGCCUUCAUCUCCCGCCAUAGUCGCAGCCCUCAACCAUUUCGACUCUCUGAUCCGCGACUCCCUCGGCCGCGCAACGUACGGCUACCCCUACGGUUCACCGCUCAACUCCCGUCCUUGGUACUCCUGGACAUCAGACGACGUUAUCGCCGCCGUCACCAUGGUAGUCGUUUUCUUCAUCGCUUUCCUCGUUCUUCUCAUUCUCAAGCUCUUGCUCGGCAUGCUCCUGCUUAAAUACUCCCGCAAUCGCUACGCCGACAUGAAGCGUAAAGAGCAUCAGGGUCGUGCGCAGGAGUCCUUCGACACACCCGGUGCUCGUCGCAUUGGCGGAUUUGGUCAGGUCGAAGUUGGCGAGGAGAGACAGAGAUGGGUGCACGCUGAUAGAAAUGAGGGACUCAAAGGCGGAAAGGGGCCAGGGAAGAGAGUUGAGAAGACGACGGAUAAGACAAAGAAGGAUGACUUUGAGAAGGUUUCAAGGUAUGAGAUGGUUGCAAAGAGGAUUUGGUGA